GCUCAGGGUUGCAGCAGAAACAUCCCCCUCUCGUCUCUUCCCCUUCAUCUAGUUUCCAACGCAACAGCCUCAUCCAUUUCCACCCAUUAUCCCUUCUCUUUUCUGAACUGCGUUUCGCGGCCAGUUGCAUGCAUUUUUCUCCCAAAAUGGUUUGCGAGACAAAAAUAGUUGCGGACGAACAUGAUGCUAUACCAGGGACCAAAAAAGAGUCUAUUAUGUGGAGCACCCACUCUUCUCCCUGUGCGGCGGCCGAGGCGAAGCUCGUGAGAAAAGACGCAGUUUUUAUCCGUGAAUUCGAGCGCGAGGACCGGGAGGAGGUGCGCCGCAUCUUUUACGAGGGAAUCAUGGAGAGGAUACCCAACAGCGCAUUCAGGGGGCUCCGGCAGCAACCCAAAACCCAGUUUCUAUACGCUAUGCUGACAGUAAUGUGCUUUGUCGUGACCAAAUCCAUCACGCUGACCUGCUGUGCCCCCUUCAUUCUGAUGGGUGCACGAUACUACUACAGCAGCAAAGUUAUCCACAACUAUCUGGACUAUGCUCUGCACACGGAUAUGGCCGACAUAGAGGCAUACUACAUGAAGCCUACAGGCUCCUGUUUCUGGGUGGCAGUCCUGGAUGGGCGCAUCGUGGGCAUUGUGGCAGCGCAGGGCAGAGAGGAUGACAACACAGUGGAGCUGCGGCGCAUGUCAGUAGACUCUCGAUACCGGGGCAAGGGCAUUGCCAAGGCUCUAGGGCGGAGGGUGCUGGAGUUUGCCGUCCGAAACAACUUUGCCGCUGUGAUCCUGGGCACCACGGCCGUCAAAAUGGCUGCCCAUAAGUUGUACGAGUCUUUGGGUUUCCGCCAGACCAGCCAGAGUGAAGACUACAGGCUGCCUGGGAUGAGCCGCUCACUGCUUGAAAGGCUCUUCUUCCAGAUCCGCUACAGCCGAUAUCGUCUGCAAAUCCGCGAGGAGUAAGGGGCGAAGUGCAGGAAAGAGAAGGAUGGAGAGGGGGAGAGAGGGAGACAGGCACCCGAUCACAUCCUUUCUUCAAAACAUAUUUAUUUUGUUUCAUUACAGAUAACUUUAAUAUCAACUAGUUCAUUCUCUAACAUUUUGUUACACUUUUGUUGCAUUUUUUUAAUUAUUAUUUUUUAAAAUAAGACUUGUUUUUUAUAGUUUGUUAAGCUAUUGUUUGUAUCUUACCCUUCCCUCCAUUUUGUAACUGAAAGUCUGUAUUGCUGAGACAAACUUCUAACACGCCAUUUAGGCACACUCUCCUAAGCACUUGGUCAGUACAAAACAAACUGAUCAAAGAUUUCUUUAUGAAUAGUCUUGACAUAUAUAGUUUUUGAAAGUAUUUCGUCUCGUUCUGUAGUCCAGUGGAUCAGAGAUGCUUUGAGUCUAACUUGCUGACUUGCUGAGCGGAUACACACCUUUCUGGCCUCUUGCUGUUCUUUCAAGACACCAUAUUGAAGCUCAGCAAGAGUCUACUGCCAGCCAAAAGAGGAAGAUAUGAUACUGAUAAAAAGACAGAGGAACAUGCAGAGGUGGGUUUAGUAGCCAGAAAUUUUACUCAAGAGUAACAUUACUUCAGAAUAAUAUUACUCAAGUAGAAGUACAAUGUAGUGGUCCAAGAAAUGACACAAGUAAAGUAAAAAUAUUUGGGAAAACUACUACUCAAGUAAGAGUAACCUAAAGAAUAACUGUUGGGGCGUAACAUCUGAUUCACAAUCGGAAGCUAAUGUAAAUUAAAGGACAGGACAAACAUUUAAUAAUGCUCAAAAUCUGGUAUUUUCAAAGGCUAGACACAAAAAAAUGAGAUAAACUAAAGCAUAUCUGAAGGAGAGGUGCAGGAAAAACAAAUGUUCAAAUAAUUUAAUAUUGUCAACAUAAAACUUUUUUCUUUUGCAGACUACUCCUAGUGGGAAGAGUACUGUUACUUUAAUAAAAUAUGACUCAAGUGGAGUAAAAGUACACUGCUAGAAAAGUACUCUGAAAAGUAUAAUUUCUUUAAAAAGUUACAAAGUAAAUGUAACUGAGUACUACCCACCUCUGAGGACGUGCAGCACAAAUCCCCUCUUUUUCCUGAUGAUUGAUCUUGAUCUUACACGAGUGGAGUGAGUCUCUGAUUGGCUGUGUUCUUUACACACACAACAUAAGGUAGCUGCACGCUGGAGCAAGACUUUGUACGUGUUAACAGUGUGUGGUUUAGCUUGAUCAACUUUUAGGCGACAAGGUUUUGAAGAUCAGUUAACUUCUUUAAAAUUGGUAUAUACAGAGACCCUUUUUUCACCAAGUUUCAGGCAUUAUUCAAGCAAACACUUCUACUUUAUAUUAAAAUGUUUACCUGUUUAAGAAAGUAUUAUUCUACAUUUAUUAUAGGUUUACUAUUUGACCAGUAAUUACUAAUUACUAUUUUGUAUUAACACUAAAUAUUAUGCAAAUCUAGCUGUUACACUGGCUACAUUUAUUUAUUUAUUUUUAAUUAAUCCAGGUUUGCGUUUUAAACAGCCUGGGUACAACAUGAGCAAUACUUGUAAACCUACAGCACAUAAUGAGCACAAAACAAACAAUUAUUCAAAAUGAUUCAAAUCCACCCUUGUCCAUUUAGUUGUCUUUCAAAUACAUUUAAAUCUCAAUUAUUGUUUUCUCCUAUAUCUACUCUCUUCAUUUCCAUCCUCCACCCAUUCAACCAGCAGUGGAUUCAGACUUUUACCACUCUGAACCUAAGCUGAGACAUUAUCCACAUGUAAAAAGCUACAUAAAUAAAAAAAAAAUCUGUUAAAAAACAUAAAAGUAAAAAUAUGUAUAAAAUCUAAUUCAAAUGUAAUCAUCAUUUGACCCUUCCUUCCUAGACUUUUCCUUCAAUACCUUACCAAAUCUCAUUCAUGGAUCUGUCUGCAACCCUGGGCAAGACCCAAAAACUCCCAUCUGAACCUUGAACACCCAACACUGACCUUUGGCCCUCCCAUCCCCCGCCCCAUCAUCUCUGCAUGUGCCACAGAGCCUUGCUGCACUGCUUUUAUUAUUCCAUGUGAAGCUCCCAGACCCCACCCCCAUCAGAUGUCAUCCAUGCAGUGUGCUCCCAUGGUGUGGAUUAGAGGUAGACCUUAGGGGUCAUCUGUAAUGAGAGUACAAACAAAUGUAAAAAGUAAAAUCCGCUCACCAAGUGAAGCCUGCCUGGAUGACACGAUGCCUGCCAGCCAACCAACUGUAGAAUGCAAAAGCAAUGCAAGUGUGGCAUGCCUCUGUACCCAGUGUGUACGGUGCCUGCCCUGGAAUAGAAGACAAAAUUCUAAUAUAUACUAUAUACUGUAUGGAUAUGAAAAAAUAUUGUUCUUGUAUAGACAAACAAAUGUGUUAAUUUAGUUUGGAGUAAAACCUUGUACUGCUUGCAUGAAAUGCGUUUCUAAAUGCAAAAAUAACUUUGGUAAGAAACACAGCACAUGGGACACAGUGAAAAAAGACAUAUGGAAUAUGUUUUUCUUUGCUUUACUUUUUAUAUCUGAAUUGACAAAAAAUAUCAGACAUGGGUUAGUGCCCACAGCGACAGCACACAACUGUUUUUCCACAGUGGACACAGGCCCCUAGGUAGUUCAAGUUCAAUUUGAUUG